GUCUGUGAGAACUUGCGGAAAUUGGAGAUCACGGGAGUGUCCUGUCGAGAUGUUUAUGCCAAACGUAUAAACCCACGAGUGAAGUCGGGGCGUUUUAUGAAAAUCCUUCCCGACUACGAGCACAUGGAGUACAGAGAUGUUUACACCUGCCUGCUGCACCGAUACCGACACAUCCUGGGAUUAUGGCAGCCGGACAUCGGGCCCUAUGGGGGACUGCUGAACGUGGUGGUGGACGGUUUGUUCAUCAUUGGGUGGAUGUACUUGCCACCUCAUGACCCUCAUGUCGAUGAUCCCAUGAGAUUCAAACCUCUCUUCAGGAUUCAUCUCAUGGAGAGGAAAUGCGCAACAGUUGAGUGCAUGUAUGGUCAUAAGGGACCUCAUAACGGCCAUAUCCAGAUUGUAAAGAAGGAUGAGUUCUCCACGAAAUGCAACCAGACAGAUCACCAUCGGAUGUCAGGUGGAAGGCAAGAGGAAUUCCGGACGUGGCUGAGGGAAGAAUGGGGUCGGACUCUGGAAGACAUCUUCCAUGAACACAUGCAAGAGCUCAUCUUGAUGAAGUUCAUCUACACCAGCCAAUAUGACAACUGCUUGACAUACCGACGCAUCUACCUCCCUCCUAGCAGCCCUGACGACCUUAUAAAGCCAGGUCUCUUCAAGGGAACGUAUGGGAGCCAUGGGCUGGAGAUUGUCAUGUUGAGCUUUCAUGGAAAGAAAGCAAAGGGGACUAAAAUCACCGGAGAUCCCAACAUCCCAGCUGGGCAGCAGACUGUGGAGAUCGACCUGGUGCAUCCUCUGCAGCUACCCGACAUCGAGAACCUUCGCGAUUUCAGUGAGCUCUCUCGCGUUGUCCUGGAGGUCCAGGAGCAGGUGCGUCGGGAGGAGCAGGAGCAGGAACACCGGCAGGAGGAAGAGGACCGCUCCCAGCAGGCUGCCUCCCAGCCUGCUGCAAAGCCCCUGGGAGGAGAAGGUGCCGAGGGGGAAGAGACUGCAGCUGGGGCGGAGGGAACGACCCAGGACAAGGCACCAGCUUCCCAGCCCUUCGUGCUGCCCAUGGGAGUCAUAUCGAGGAAUGAAGACUAUCCCCGGACCUGCCGAAUUUGUUUUUAUGGGACGGGGCUUAUUGCUGGCCACGGCUUCACCAGCCCUGAGCGAACACCAGGUGUUUUUGUUCUCUUUGAUGACGAUCGCUUUGGAUUCAUCUGGCUGGAGCUGAAGUCCUUCAGUCUCUACAGCCGGAUCAAGGUCUCCUUCCAGAAUGCCGAAGCGCCUUCCCGUGAGGCUUUUGACGAAAUGCUGAAAAACAUUCAGUCGCUGGCUACUUGACGGGUGAUGGGUGAUGGACAGGGCUAGGGGUUGCAAAGGCUGCUGCACUCCCCAGCCAGGGCUGGGAUGGGGAUUCCUCGCUCUCGGUACCUCUGAAUAAAAGCAUGCACUUUUAAUAAAGCCUUUUUACCCC